UCUAUAUACAUUAGUUGUACUGAGAAGCUUGCGAGAUGGGGACACGGCAAAGUUCAGAUGUUCAAACGAAUCCCGAACAAAAUUUCAUAGGGAAUGCUGAAACAGACAGUCCAGAUUUCGAGCCCGUUCCAGAAAAGAGAAAGCAUCGAGCGAGAUGGGUGUCUGUAAUAAUAUGUACGAUUGCAGCCCUUCUUGUGUUAACUUUCUGUAUCGUCAACCGAACUGAGAUAGAAUUCCAACGUGAUACGCCACGGAAAAAUACAACGAAUGUGUGUUACAUAAAGAAGGAGAAGUUAGCCUUUUCUGGUUUGUUUACAACUGCGUUGGGCUUGUUUGGUGUGGUACUCGGCACAUUAGUUGAUCGCUUGUCGCUGAUCAACGAAGAACGCCACCACUUGCACCAACGUUAUCACGGCAGCUGGAAAGAGAUGACCAGAGCCUGUUUCAGUGGAAUCAUUUGGGGUCCUGUUAUCGUUUUGCUUGGUUCGACUGCCAUGAUUACCGUUGUUCUUACUUUCGUGACGGGUGAGCCGUGGUUUAAGGUUAGUUAUAUCGUGUAUGUUUCCAGCGGUAUCGGCGUUGGACCACUUAUCAUGCACUUGCUUAACCUGAACACACAAUCCGAGGUUCAUAUUUCUACGAUCCUCGAGGACAAAGGGAUGAAUAUUGCCAACGGACUCGCAUGGUCCUACUAUUUUAGCUAUCUUAGACAAGCAUUGCCAACAUUUAAGAAAGCCACAAGCAACCAUUUUAGUGCACCACACGAACAAAUUAAACUGUCUUUGAAUAAAUUGCUGCUACUCAUACCCCACGACUGCAACAUGACGGAAGAUUUGAAUGAACUCGACAACCAUAUUACCAAAUUGUCUGACCUCAACCAUGAGCUUUUCCAUUUUUCUAUUUAUCGCCUAAGCGUUAACGAACGAGAAAACGAAUAUUUUGCCAUACAAUACGCGAAAGAGCCUUUAGAAGCAUUGAGAGAAAUGAGCGUGGUAGAAGAGGCCAAAGGUGUAACAAAAAAAAAUUAUGAGGAAGAAGUAAAAUUGCUUUACACAGCAUUGCAUAGAAUAUUGAAAAGCCCACCACAUCAGGAUUGUAGAGGGAUAUGCAUGCUUGUGCCUAUCAAAGCGGACAAAAAAGACAGCUUAAAAAAUGGAGGGCUAGUGAAAUGUGUUUUGGACGUAGUUCAUUUUCGGGAAUUAUGUAGUAAAAGCUCUAAAAACGGUACCCUUCCUGGAUUCGUGAAACCAAAAGUGUCCUUGUGUGGACUUGUAAGUUGCAAACAAUCCACUCGAACUGAAGCAUCAACAGAUGAUGUCAAGAUCGACGUGGACCAAAGAAGCAAGAAAGAUGAUAAAAGGUUUCACAAAAGAGGGGGUAGGUCUAUGACAUGGCCUAAAACGUUCAAAACCCAUCUUAAAUCGAAAAACCAGUACAAUGUGGUACAAGAAGAGGGCGGACGCGAAAUAUCUAGUGAUGAUAACGGUGCCAGGACGUCUGAACACGAUUUCCAAAUGGCAGUGUUGGGUCAAAGAAGUAACCAGCAGGAUCAAUAUUCUAAAACUUCAAAUGAUAAACAAGACGAGCCAACCAAACGAGAAUUGUAGGUUAUGCUCAUGGAUGCUCAUG